GUUAGUUGUUAUACUUCCUCUUUAGAAGGACGUCACUGUCACUUUCUAACUCCCACGACGCUCUGCAGGGUGCUAUACAUCAACAAGGAGUCAACGUUCAGGGGGGAUAAGUUCCAGCCUUUCUGCGGCAAGUUCAGCCUUUGUGCGUUUCAGGCCAGUCAGUAACAAUGAAACUACACACACGUGUCUUCAUCAUCCUGUGUGCUGUCAGUCUCGUCUGGGCGUCUCUUCCAUCAAAUCACAGACCCUGUGGGAACAAUGUUUGUCGGUGCGGACGCUCGACCCAUAACCGAACCAUACAAUACAUGGACUGUUCUAACCAAAGUCUAACUUACAUUCCAAAAGCACCAAAACUAGAUAAAACCUCGCCGACUUACAUAUUCUUCAAAAACAAUUCUCUAACAGUUGUAAAUAGUGCCACAUUUCGUAACAUAUCCAGGCUGAAGGUUGUGUUUCUGCGACUACGAAGAAAUGGUAUUGUGAACAUAUCCAGUGAUGCAUUCUCAGCCCUACCUUAUCUGCAAGGGUUAGAUGUAAGUUACAACAGCAUCAAUCUUCAACAACUAAGGACCUCAUUUAGAUCUCUGAAAAACAAAAACUUUCAGAACCUGAAUAUGAGCCAUAUGAACAUCGAGUCCAUCCCAGAAAAUAUGUUUGCAUCAUUCGGGAACCUAUCUUCGGUCACUAUUUCACUUGCCUUUAAUAGCCUCAAAUUAAUCAGCCCUGAACAGAUUGAGAAUGUUCCUGGUUUACAGUUUCUUAAUCUUGCUUGGAACAAGUUGUCAAAUGUUUCUAUGUGGGAAAAUCUAACCAGUAAUAUGAAAAAAUUAAGACUUGAUAAUAAUUAUUUUGAUGCUUUUCCAAAUUUCUGUAAGAACGAUAGCCAUUCCCUUUUUCCUAAAUUAGAAAGACUCAAUUUGCAGUUCAACUUUAUGAGAACGAUAAUUUCAGAACACUACAGCUGUUUAAACACACUGCAAAUAUUAUAUCUCAAUGGGAAUUUGUUUAAGACUUUGAAAUCCAACAUGUUUGCCGGUCUACACUCACUUGAAAAUAUAAAGCUCUCGGAGAUAUUUGCCCUCCUAAAGAUCGAAAAGGCCCCGUUCAACAAUACCAGUCUAAAGAAAGCAUUUUUCCGGAAAAAUGCGUUAUACACAGAACGGCCUGAAAUCAGUCUGAACAUUUUCGAAGGCUGUACAUCUUUGGAUCUGUUGAAUUUGGCUGACAACAUUUUAGAUAAAACACCCGAAGAACAGUUUGAUCAGUUAUUCAAGCCAAUUAGAAAUUUGACGUAUUUGAUUAUGGGAGGUUGUCGAUUGACCAGAAUCCCCAAGGCUGUGACCAAAUACCUUCAUAAUCUCAGGGUGCUUGUACUCUAUAACAACAGGAUCGGCUCCUGGCCAGAUGGAACUCUUAACAGUCUGGUUUAUCUGGAUACAAUCUACAUGAGGGAAAAUGUCAUAUCAGUCGUCUCUGAAUCGUCUUUCCCUCCAGGAUUCAGAAGAAGAGCCAAGCAUAUUGAGUUAUUCUAUAAUUCGUUUCAAUGUACAUGUGAAUUAAAGUGGUUUAUUGACUGGAUGAAGGAACGGCCACGCGUCUUCCAUUUACCGGAAUUUUCAAUUAACUAUACAUGUAUGUCACCUGCUUCUGUUCAUGGUGUUGUCCUCGAGGAUAUACCAUUGUCUGAAAACAUAUGUUUGCUUGGUCUCAACUCGAAAAUAAUCACGUUGACAUGUUCAACGUUGUUGCUGGUGUUGCUUGUAGUCGGCUCGGUUCUGUAUCGUCUACGGUGGUACAUACAGUAUCUUGUGUACAUGAUCAGAUACAGAAACCGCCAUGAAACGGAUACUGGGCACUAUGAAUAUGACGCAUUUAUCGCCUACAGCGUUGCCGACCGGCCCUGGGUCAUCAAGACACUGAUGCCCAUUCUUGAAGGUGAAGGAAAACUGAACUUAUGCAUCCAUGACCGUGAUUUCGAGAUAGGCAAACUCAUUGUUGACAAUAUUGUUGAUUGUAUCGAAAAUAGUCGCUGCUUGGUGAUCCUUCUGUCAAAUAGUUUUGCUCAAAGUGAUUGGUGCCAGUUUGAAUUGGCACUUAUUCAGAGAUAUGUACUGGAGAAUGGAAACCGUCUGCUCGUGGUGGUCAUGUUAGAAGACAUCCACACGAGUCACAUGACCAAAGCUAUGACAGCAAUGUUGCAGACGACAACUUACUUACAGUGGGGCGAGGAAGAUUAUGCCAGGACCGCGUUCUUUAAUCGACUACGGCUGCUGCUGCGUAGGCCCAUUCAAAGGGCCAGAAUAAGGACGAAUUCGGUGUAAACCAGGAUGUGAUGGCCAUAUGGUUAAAGUGUUCACUUGGUAUGCUAAGUACCCUGUUCGAUUCUACACAGUUCAGUGUCUCCAGCAGAGAUAUUGUGCGUCAUGCUUAAUCAGUGUAACAGAGGCCCAUGUGAACCUGAUGUGAUGGCCUUGUGGUUAAAGUGUUCACUUGGUAUGCUAAGUACCCUGUUCGAUUCUACACAGUUCAGUGUCUCCAGCCUUGAUGUUGUACAUCAUCCUCAAUCAGUGUAACGGAGGCAUAGAUGUGAACCAGACCCCAUUGUGAUGUAGACACGUCUCUGAGCUUCCUGACAACGAACGAAUGAAAGUGACUCAUAUUUUCUUGUACUUUAUUCUAAGCACUCUUUGAUUAAUACCCUGCGCUGUCAGAUAAUGGAUUUAGUAUCAACCAGUUUGUGUAAUGUAUUGAUUGUUAUUAAAAGUUUGAUACUUGCUGGCAUUGUACUCAACCUUUAGUAUCCAAAAGGAUUCUAUAUGAUCCGCCUGGGGAGAAAGAGAAAAUGUAAGCCCGCAAUCCCCCUUAAUGCCGACCGUGCAGGACAAUGUUCAAUCUAGACGUAGAUUGUCAAGCCUUAUUAAAGCAGCACAGCGACAGUGCGAUGACACUAAUGUUUUGAACGGUCAAAACCACGAUGUUUAACCCUUCCUUCCCUGACGCUUUUGGAAAUCUCCCUUUAUGACGUCAUUGCCAGAUGAAAUGAAGAGAUGUUGUUGACAAAUACUGUCUUUUUAAACAAAACGAUUAAAAAACGUAAUUGAAACAAGAUUUAUUCAUUCUUGAAAUGUACCAGUGUGAUCAAAUAAUAAGCAAAGACAAAUAACAUAUAAUAAGUAAAGACAUAUCAAAUACCUUUGCACAUUUCAGAUCUGCAAGAUUAAAUGUUUUGAAGUUAAAUAUUGUCUAUAUUAUUUAGUUGACAAAUUUCGUCUUGAUUUGGUAACCGACAAGUUUACUGCAAUGAAGCACUACCCACGUGGGUUAAAAUUAGACUAGCGACGCACAGUGCCGGUAUAAUAUCGGGAUGUGGGUAAUCUAGCCUUGGAUACUUGUAACCUAUUCAUAGCUGAUAUCUAUGGAAUCCUAGAAGGGACAUUGUCGCGUUGUCGCGCAUUUUAAGAUUUUUUUACACAUUUUUGAUGGGGCGACGAUGCGACAACGCCACAUAUUUUGACUUUGAAAAUUGUCGGUAUGUCGCUUUAUCGCCCUUUGGAUGAUUAAAAAAGUCAUUAUUCAAAGCACGACAAUGCCACAUAGCGACAAUGGGACAAAUGGCCGAAAUGUCGCGUCUUGGUACCUUUGGUUAAUUUUGCCUCUUUUUGCUAGUUUUUGCGAGGGCGACAACGCGGCAAUGCGACUACGCGAAACUGUCCCUUCUAGGAUUCCAUAGAUAUCAACAUGUGUUUUGAAUAUAAUUUCUUUUGUUACAUAUGAUAUUCUUCCAACCAUUUUACUGUCCUUUGUUGACAGGUGUGUUAAAAUGAUUACCAUGUUUUCAUCGAGAACUGGCUGCAAUACUGCCGAUGUGAGGUAUAAUUUUAACUCAAUCAUUUCUGUAAGCUUAUUGCAGGUCACACUUCAAUGGAUUGCUUGCCAUAUUGUAAGAAGAUUAGCUAUUAAAUCAUACACACAUA